AAGAAUUACUUAUUUUAUACAUUUUAUCGACAAAAAUUAAGAAUGUACAAUAUACAUACUGUCAUAAAAGUACUUCCUGUAAUAAAAUGAAUAAACGUUGAAACCAUUUUGGCAAAUCUUCAUAAAUAUUAAAAUUUUGAAAGUAGAGAAGUCUGUUGACUUUUGUGUGUUUUGUGGAAGUGCCCUCGGCGAUUGACUUCUCACAUCUCGGUCAUCUUUGACAAAUACCGACAAGUCUUAGGCCCUGCAAGUACCCAAACAAACUCUCUUUUGUUUGUUGCCUCUAUUUCUGGUGAUAACCGAGUUUGUUUUUUUUAUUUAUUUAUUUUUUUUUGGUCAGCUACACCUCCACAUUCUUGUAACAAUAAUCACUUAAUUGGAGGGAAAGGGGCGAUAAUUUAGCCUAUAUAAAUACGGGCGCACUGGUUAUAGCAGGAAAGGGAGAUAACCUUACCUAGGUGGCGCAGGCCCUGGAGGACUGUAAGGUUAGCACUCGUUAUCAUCCAGAGGAAACUGCUUGAAGCAGACGAUACCGCCUUACGUCACGGCAUAAAAAAGCGAAGAUAAUCGCUGUCUUUAAAUUCAGGAAAGCUAUUAUCUCUAAUGUCCCUGAUGGAAGGGCUCUCGCGCCAUUAUUUUAAUUUGAUGGAAAACACACGAUGAAGAAUGGAAAGAAGCAGAAUUUGUAAUUUUCAGAACGUGCUGGUAUUUCAACAUUAUCCAGCAAAGGCUAUUAGAAAAUAGGUGUCACUGGACACUGGAGAAGAUAACUCGCGGAAGUGCGUUUCUUGCAGAAAUUUUUCCAGCGGUGUGCUGAUACUGGAAAUUUUUCACAGGAACGACACUAAGGAGAAACUCUGAAGACCAAAAGGUUGGAAAAAAAAUCUGUUUUAUCAGCGGUCGCAGACACGGCAUAAGAGACGAGAUGGUUGUUAAGCUGCCAUGAACUCCUGCUGCCUGAUAUUGCUUGCCGCAGUGAACGAGCGAGGUUUGGGGGAGAAAGGGUUAACACUGACUGCAUCUCUUGUAGUGUAUGGUCUGGGAGGUCCCUGUAGUCUCUGCCGUUUCAUCUUGCUCUCCUCAGCGACGGUAGGCAUUACUUAUUCUCGUCUUUCGUGGAUGAAGACUCCAACGAAAGUUUCCCCAGCAACAAGAUGCUACAGCGAACCGGAGCCGAACAAAGAAAGCUCAUCGUCUUAUUAAUGUAACUUCUUGAUUUCAUUCUGGAUGUUCAGUAGAUUGUUGUUCCAAGGAAGAAAGUUCUUUUGUUUCGAGAGGCGUGGAAUAAUUGAAAACGAAAAGCUCAAAAUAACUUUAUAGCCAAAUGCACAUUAAACGUGGAAUAAAAGUCUUGUGAUGUGAAACACUUCUUGCAGCGAUCGGAAAUUAUGAUUGAAGAAAACACUGGUGCCUUCUCUCAAAAAGAAAGUGAAGUAUUAUUAGUUUCUCUCUACCCAAGACUAAAUUUCUCAUCGGUGAACGGAGAUAGUUCAGUCGACAAGCAGUUCGCAAACUGUUUAUCCCAGGAAGACGAGUCAUGCAAGAUGAAACCGAACGGUGCAGUGACAACUCCCUGCACUCCAAGUCAUGGAGACUCAAACAAUUCUGAGUGUAUUUUUGCCAACUGUGCCAGUCCCGUCUUGGGAGACAAUGGACAGAUGUUCCAUCUCAGGAAUACAGUCCCAUCGCAGCUUACGUUGCAUCUACGUGAAACGGACGAAACAUCACGUUUCGUGGAAGAUGGUGAGGACGACAGGCAGACGUGGGACAAGAAGGUGGAUUUUCUGCUUGCAAUCAUCGGCUUUGCUAUCGACCUUGGCAAUGUCUGGAGGUUCCCUUACGUCUGCUAUAAAAAUGGUGGAGGGGCUUUCCUAAUACCUUACAUUAUUAUGCUGAUUUUUCUGGGCCUACCCCUCUUUUAUAUGGAGCUUGCUUUGGGCCAGUUCCACAGACAAGGGUCAAUCACAAUAUGGAAGAAAAUAUGCCCCAUGUUCUGCGGUGUGGGGUUCGGAAUCUGUGUGGCGGCCACUUUUGUCGGGGCUUACUACAACACGAUCAUCGCCUGGUCAGUCUACUAUCUCAUCAUCUCCUUGCGUUCAUCGCUGCUGUUUGCAUCAUGCGACAAUGACUGGAACACUCCGGCAUGCAUUGCGCCAUCUGACAUCAGCAACCGCAGCAACACGUCCGCGUCGUCUGCAACAGAAUUUUUCAACUAUCAUGUAUUGGAGAUACAAAAGUCCGCAGGAAUCGAGGACCUGGGCAAUAUUCGCUGGCAACUUCUCCUCUGCCUUCUUUUCGUUUUCGUCAUUGUCUUUCUCUGCUGCUGCAAGGGGACGAAGUCUACAGGCAAGGCUGUUUGGAUCACUGCUACUCUUCCAUUCCUGGUGUUGUUUGUACUGUUAUGCCGGGGACUGACCCUCCCGGGAGCUUUUACAGGUGUAAAAUACUACCUGGAACCUGAUUUUUCUCGUUUGGCAGCCCUGGAGGUAUGGGUGGACGCAGCUACCCAGAUAUUUUUCUCACUUGGCCCAGGUUUCGGAGCACUCAUUGCCUUGUCCAGCUACAAUAAGUUUCACAACAACUGCGUCAGGGACGCAAUUCUGACGUCAUGCAUUAACUGUGGCACGAGUUUCUUCGCUGGUGUCGUCGUCUUCUCUGUGCUGGGGUACAUGGCGCACAUGCAGGGUACCACAGUGGACUCGGUGGCCACCCAUGGACCUGGUCUUGUCUUCAUCGUGUACGCAGAAGCCAUCUCCACCUUGACAGGGUCCGUAUUUUGGGCUAUCAUCUUCUUCCUCAUGCUCAUCACCCUAGGUCUCGACAGCACGUUUGGAGGCUUAGAGGGCGUGAUGACCGCUCUUGCAGACCAAUUUGGAUUUUUCCGGAAACGGAGAACACUCACAGUCGCAGUGGUUUGUGGGUAUUGCUUUCUUCUGAGCCUUCCGACUGUCACCUACGGUGGUAACUAUUUCAUCUACCUGAUGGACACACAUGCUGCUCCGAUUUCCCUUCUGUUUAUUUGUUUCACCGAGGUUAUUGCUGUGAACUGGUUUUAUGGUGUUCGGAAUUUCGCUGACGACAUCGAAAGCAUGCUGGGAAAAAGACCUUGUGUUUUCUGGAUGGCGUGCUGGGUGGUCGUCUGUCCAGCCGGUCUCUUGAUCUUGUUCCUUCUGUCCCUGAUUAGCUACGAAAAGUUACAGCUUGAUGACUAUGUCUACCCCGGGUGGGCGGAGUUAGUCGGUUGGCUGGUGACGUCACUGUCCAUUUCGUGCAUCCCGCUGUACAUCCUGUACAACUUCUGGAUGUCCACAGGCUCCUUCUGGCAGAGAUGGCGACAGAUGACGAAGCCCAUUCUAAGGAGUGAAAACUGUAGCGAAGAUCACGUGGUUGCGAAAUUUAAUUCCAGCGGAACUUCGUCUUCUCAUUUUCAGCUUUAAAGUCAAGAAGAGAGACCCUCCCUAUACCCACCUCUGUAAAGAUACUUUCUGUGUAGGUCACACGCCCCCCAUAAUCUACAAUUAUAUAUAAGUGUUCUGACAGGUGUGCGUGUGUGUGUUUUCAUAAUUUGGAAGGCAGCGAAACACAAAGUUCAUGGAACCUUCUAAUUAAUACUUUGAAAUUCAUUAAUAGAUAAUGUCGACACUAAUAUUUAUUUGUAUGCAUGUUUGGGUAAAAAAAAUGGUUGGUAAUAACUGUUGAUUUUUCUGCACUUUCACGAUAAUGGUCUUGUAAAUGUUUGUAAGUUUAUUUUAGUCUAUUUUGUAAAUUUCGGUUUCAAAAGGCGACCAUAUUGGUCUGUAGAAACAAUUUUUGGAAAGACGCUACAUAAAUCAUCAUCAUCAAUCAAUCAUCAAUCAUCAUAAUCAUCAUCAUCAUCAUGAAGGACACCCUUGGAUCUGUUCAAAUCCUUGUCCACGGCGAACCACUACGUCGACAGGCAGUACAUGUAUUUCUCUUUUGUCUUUUUAUUGUUUGGUCACAGACCACGAAAUUCAUCCUAUGUAUUCAUCAACGACAAGAGCUGUUCGUCACGGAAAGCUUACCAGAACUUUCACAACAUUUUUCAAUUGUUCGACUACAGAAUACUAUUCAUCAAAAGCUGAUCAAACAAAUCCCUUCUUUGCAAAUAUGUAAACAUUCAAUCAUGCAAAGAUUAUGAUGUCCCGAAUGUUUGCGGAGACACCUAAUUAACAGCUGGUCCCAGCUUUUUCAUUGGUUGUAGCCUUGAUGACGUAAGCGCAAGUAUCAAGCGCUUGUUAUAUCAGUGUCUUCGGCUUCUUUUUGAGCAUAUUGUUGUGUAUAAUCUUGUGUCUCGAGAAGGUGAAGGGGUAUUUAUUCUAACUCAGACCGGACAUUUAAAAAUUCUGACAAAACUUAAAAGCUGAUAGCAGUCUGGAAGACCUUUCAUGAAUCAUUUUUGUAACGAAUUUGUUAACGUGCCUCAGCAGUUAACACUAAGGUACUCAAUCACAAUUUCAGAUGCUAUUCAUUUUAGGCAAGACACACACACAUGCACGCACACACACCUGUCACCUAGAACGGAACAUAUUUCAAAAGCUAAAAUAGCUUGAGAGAUUAGUAGAUUGAAUUAAAAAAAACGUUUGAUUGGUUGUAGAAAUAUUUUUUCAUCUAGACUAAAGUAGUAAUAAAUAUAUACUACAUUCGUGGAUAUAAUAAUUAAUCCUUUUUUUUAAUUAGGUUAAACUUUAUUACAAUUGUAUUGAUUUAUAUGGAUGCAUCUAAAAGAAAAUACA